ACCUUUUUGUUCGUUCGUUAGAAUAUAUGCACUCUUUUCUACCAAGUGGGCUUCGGAAUAUAUACUUUUGGGCCGAGUUUGCUCACUGGUCUGGGUGGACUUAUUUGAACCGAAUGGACAAAGGGCCUCGCAGAGGUGGUAUUCUUGGUUCGACUCAGCUUUUUUUUCUUCCAAGUUUAGUGUUGCAGACAACCGGUAAUUAGAGGGGUCGAUCCCUACAGGAGGUCAGUUCAUGACCUUUCUGAAUUCAAGCUUUCCCUUGACUUUGUGGCUUCCAUGGCGCUCCCUCUUGUCCAUCAGAUUCCAAGCCAGAAGAAGUGGUUAGCGGACCACCCGGAAAAUCAUCGAGAGUAGAAUUACAAGUUGAUGGGGUUUGUAUAGGAAUAGCUGUAGGAUUUGUAUUUGGAAUCACCUGUUUCAUUGGACCAAAUAAAUAUGCAUGUAUGGACUUGGAAGCUCUAAUUUUUUAUGUUUUCCCCCUUGUUCCUUGUGGAAGGGGUUCUUUUUAUUAGCUUUGUGUGUGUGUGUGUGUGUUGUUUCCCGCAUGGCUUGAGUAUGAAGAGGAUUGAUAAUCAACAUAUGAUCUGUUAAACUAGUAGUUCGUAUAAGAUUGUGGGUUAGGAUGACUAAAAAACUCUUUAAAGAAUCACAGAAAGCGCAUUUAGAACAAGUUUAUCCAAAAUUCCAUAUUACAAAUCUGUGGAUGAUGAUUCACUUCGAUAUUCUGAUAUUUUUGAUGCACGGUUCAAGACGUGCAUUAUGGUUUAGUGACAGAAACCGGUGUUUUGACCGAGACAUUUUGGUAGAAAUGAAAGUGAAGAUUCUUCAUUAAUCUUUCUCUGAAGUUUUCAAAGACCAAGACCAAGACUCAAAACCAGCCAUUCUUUAUAGUGGCUCCAUCUAAAAGUCCUCUUUUCUUAUUUCAUCUCUUUUGCAUUGUUUAUUCUGCUUCACAUAAAAUAGAAGCAUUACUUGACUUGAUCUGUGCUUGAGUUUGUCAUUUUUCUUUCUUUCUUAUGUUUGCUUCAGUUUUCACCAGAGAACACGGUUCUUUACUGCUACUUGAUUAAUCUCUCUUCCAAGCUCAAGAUUUUUGGAGUGCUCGUGCGAUAUGAGUGUUCAAGAUUUUUGGGUGGUUAUCUUUGUCAUUGGCUUUUGCUUCCAGCCACCAGUUUUGAGCUCUCAGAACCUGACCUGCAAUCUGAAUGAUUUGAAUGCAUUGGAGGAGUUCAUGGGUGGUCUGAAAAGUGUCAUUGGUGGUUGGGGCAAGAAUUUCUCUGGUGAUUGCUGUAAAUGGGCAGGUAUUACUUGCAACUCUUCGUUCUCUCUUGGAUUGGAUGAUUCUGUUGAUACUUAUAGAGUGGUUGAGUUGGAUGUUUCGAGUAGAAAACUAAUUGGGAAUCUCUCUGAAUCUUUGGGAAAUUUGGAACAACUUAGAGCCCUCAAUCUUUCUCACAACUUCCUUAAAAACUCACUUCCUGCCUCACUGUUCCAAUUGCCAAAUUUAGAGUACUUAGACUUGAGUUCUAAUUACUUUUCUGGCCCCAUUCCAGUUGAUAUUAAUUUACCUUCACUUCUGUUCCUUGAUAUCUCUCAAAACUUCUUGAAUGGUUCUAUUCCACAAAGCAUCUGUGCAAGUUCUACUAGGCUUCAGGUACUGAACUUGGCUGUGAACUACUUGUCUGGUACUCUACCACCAAGUCUUGGAAAUUGUAGUUCCUUGGAGGACCUCUGUCUCCUCACGAAUAAUCUCUCUGGUGGUGUACCUGAGGGUAUAUAUCAGCUGCAAAAUCUGACCAGAUUGACUAUUCAAGAUAACAAGCUUACUGGGCCGCUGAGCAAAGAAGUUGGUAACCUGAUUAACCUUAAUCGUUUGGAUAUCUCAACGAAUUGGUUUUCAGGGACUAUUCCGGAUGUUUUCCACAGCCUUGGGAGACUACAGUAUUUUGUUGCUCGUUCCAAUAAUUUCAGUGGUCAGAUACCUUCUUCCUUGUCAAGUUCCCCAACUAUCAUUUUGCUUAAUGUGAGAAACAAUUCAAUGGAGGGUCCAAUUGAUCUAAAUUGUUCAGCAAUGACAAGUUUAGCCUCUCUUGAUCUAGGUUCAAACCAGUUUGAUGGGGAAAUUCCAUCCAAUCUUCCCUCUUGUCCACAUUUGAAUAAUAUAAAUCUUGCCCGGAACAACUUGAGUGGCCAAAUACCUGACAGCUUCAAGGAUUUUCACACUCUCAAUUACCUCUCACUUUCAAACUCCAGCCGUUCUAAUCUAUCAUCUGCCCUUCAAAUUUUACAGCAGUGUCAGAAUCUAACUACUUUGGUUCUCACCAUGAACUUCUAUGGUGAAGAAUUGCCUGCCGAUCCAAACCUUCAUUUUGCAAAGUUGAAGGUUCUCAUUAUUGCAAACAGUAGGCUCAAAGGUUCAAUACCCCAGUGGUUGAGUAAGAGCAGCAGAUUGCAGUUAUUGGAUAUAUCCUGGAACCGCUUGGAAGGUACAGUUCCGCCUUGGUUUGGCAAUUUUACUAAUCUCUUCUACUUGGACAUAUCAAACAAUUCUUUUACUGGGGAUAUCCCGAGAAGCUUAACUGGACUACAGAGCCUCAUUUAUUGGAAUUUUUCCAAGGUUCAGGAACCUUCCCCUGAUUUUCCUCUUUUCUGGAAAAAGAAUGUAAGUGCAAGGGGAUUGCAGUACAAUCAAGUUUGGAGCCUUCCACCGACGCUGGCACUUGGCAACAAUUAUUUGAGUGGACAAAUCUGGCCAGAGUUUGGGAACCUGAAAUCCCUUCAUGUAUUUGAUUUAAAAUUCAACAAUUUAUCUGGACCAAUUCCAAGUUCUCUUGCUAAUAUGACCAGCUUAGAGGCUCUGGAUUUGUCUCAUAACAAGCUUUCAGGAAUAAUACCCAGUUCACUGACUCGCCUCACUUUUUUGUCCAAGUUCAGUGUUGCAUACAAUCAAUUAGAGGGGGCGAUUCCUAGUGGAGUUCAGUUUGGGACCUUCCCAAAUUCAAGCUUUGAAGGGAAUAGUCUUUGUGGUGACCAUGCUCCUCCAUGUCCAUCAAGGGGGAAUACUUCUCCCGUUCAAACCAGAAAAUCAAGACUAGAAUUAGGAGGAGUUUAUAUAGGAAUAGCUGCUGCUGUGGGAUUUGUAUUUGGAGUAGCUUGUUUUAUUGUAACAGAUAGAUAUGUAUGGACUUGGCAUUUCUAAUUUCUGUUACCCUAUUCUUCCUUGUGGAAGGGGUUAGGUUAGGUGGUGCUGGCUCUGAAAUAAUUAUACAGUAGUUUCUUUCA